AUGAAUAUGGCAGAAUCUGAUUUCUUUGCAAGACUUGAGAGUCUGAUCGAAUCCCAAAAUGAGGAUGGGAAAUCAGUCGAGCAGAUUGCUGCUGAGCUAGGAACACCAAUUGUGUCUAUUGGAGUCCUCGACGCUGGUACAACCACCAGCAAAAUCUACGGAACGGCACAGCAAAGCGCAAGUUCUCAAACUGAGCAACACUCCAAGACUUUCAACAAAGACACUCUGUUCCAAGCAUGCAGCAUAUCAAAACCUAUCACGGCUUUCGCAGUGAUCAAAUUAUGCCAAGAAGGAACACUGGAUCUCGAUGCUCCAAUCCCAACAUACCUCAGCGACGAGCAACUCUCCUGGAUCUCAACACCUAAAACCCUUCAUCUCGUCUCUCAGAUCACACUCCGCCACCUUCUCUCCCACACAGCUGGCCUCUCCUGUCAUGGCUUUGCCGGCUACCCCACCAAACCCCUUCCCUCACUCCAGCAAAUUCUCUGCGGCGACCACCCUGCCAACAAUGAACCCAUCACGAUAUCUCUUUUCCCAGGCCAGAAAUUCUGCUACUCAGGCGGUGGCUUCCAAGUCAUUCAACUCAUCCUCGAGACUAAAUUGCGGAAACCAUUCCAUGAAAUCAUGCACGAAGUCAUUCUUAAACCACUCGGAAUGACCAGAAGUACAUAUUCAUUCAUCCCCUCUUCAGAACCAAAUUACGCACCCGCCCACCUAACAGGGAAUCUGAAAUCCACUCCUGAUUUCCACCUCAUGGCCGAAUCGGCAGCAGCAGGUCUAUGGACCACGCCCGAGGAUCUCCUAAAAGCCAUCCUCGCCAUUCAAAAGUCUCUAGAAUCAGGUGACUUCCUUGAGGUUGAAUGGGCCAAGAAGAUGUUGACUGAAGUCGAGGAUAACAGUAUGGCGCUGGGGUGGAUGGCGAAGAAGGGAACGGGGGUAUUUGCGCAUGCAGGAGAUAACAUCCCGGGGUAUGUGUGUUAUGUUGCUGGGUAUGCGGAUUUCGAACCAUUGGGUAAGAAGAAGGUAGAAGGGAAGAACGACACAGUAAUCCCCAAGUUCUCCGGUGUGGCUGUUAUGACGAGCUCGGCGCUUGGCGGGCCGUUGAGGAGGAGGCUAGUUCAUGCGAUUGCGUAUUUGAUGGGUUGGCCGAGUUUGUAUCCUAAACCUGUUCUUCCUUUUCUGGAUAAGAAAGCGAGGAUUGAUCAGGGAGCAAAGGAGUGGUGUGGAAGUUGGGGAAAGGAGAAGUGGAUGCUUGAAGCGUGGGAGGAGGGGAUGCUUUCGUUGAAAUGCGGAUCGUUUCCUUCGAUUUCGUUGGUGCCAGCUGCUAUACCGCCUCUCGAUUACGAUGAGGGUAAGUCUAUUGACUUGAUUGCGGAUGGCUUGGAGAUGAUGAUUCGACUUGGGUGGAAGGACGGGAAGAGGAUCAUUGAGCUUUGGCAGGAUGAUGAUGUUGAGAUGCUGGAAAAAUGUUCAUGA